AUGGCGAGGUUGAGCGGAAAGGAGUCCACGGUCUUCUCCGCGCCUUCAGACAACAGCUGCCUCACACACAAGGACAGGGAUAGAGACAAAAUGGACCCAGUUUCACAGUGCAAGCGGUGGACAGGCCGCAACCCAGCCCCCCCGGGCGGUCGCGCCUCGUUUAAUUUUGCCGGGGGCCCCCGCCGCCGCGGCAACACUGAUACAGUUAAGCUGCAGAUGAUGGGAUACCGGCAGGAGCUGGCUCGCGAGCUUACUCUCUUCAACUGCUUCGGAUGCAACUUUAACGUGCUCAGCAGCUUCGCAGCCUUGGAUGGGUGGGUGGCUGAGCGCCUAGGUAUCCUGCUUGAGACGGGAUUCAGCUCCCGCGCCGGCUCCGAAAACACUUUCUGCGGACCCAAAAUCCCCGCAGGCCCAUAUGGCAUCGGUAUCGGCUUUACGUACGGCGGCCCCAUCGUGAUGACGUGGGGCUGGAUAGCGGUGAUGGCGCUGACGCUGUCCGUGGGUCUCAGCCUGGCGGAAAUGGCAUCUGCUUAUCCAACUUCUGGCGCGCUGUACUACUGGUCGUACAAGAUGGCACCACCUCGGCUCCGGAACCUGACCUGCUUCCUGACAGGCUGGCUCAUGACCUUGGGACAGUCCGCGCUGUCCGCAUCCGCCACCUAUACGUUCGUUGGACUCGUGGACGUCGCCCUGGAGCAACAGUACGGCAUCGUCCUCGGCCCGACUAAACGUCUGGGCAUCCUGCUGGCGACCUUGGCGACGGUGUGCAUUCUCAAUUGCGGAUCCGCCCGCGUGACGUCCUACCUCACCACCUUGGGGGCCUUUUGGCACAUCAUCGCGCUGCUGGGCUUCUGCUUUGCUCUCCUGCUCCUAGCGCCCAAGAGGCAGCCUGUAGAGUACGUCUUCACGUCCUGGCAGUCGGACAGCACACUCACUGGCAUCACCAGCCCGCUGUACACCGUGCUGCUCGGCAUCCUGAUGGCGCAGUGGAGCUUUACAGGGUACGACGGAGCUGCUCACGUGGCGGAGGAGACGCUCCAUGCCGAGCUGGUUGUCCCUGCCGCCAUGCUGCUGUCCAUCCUGGGCGCCGGGCUGUGCGGCUUCGUGCUGAUGCUGACCCUGGUCGUGGUCAAGGUGGAUGAGUCCAUUAAAUUCGACCCUAGCGGACAGGACAAUAUGGUGCUCAAGAUGCUGGUGCAGAUGCUCGACGGGGUGGACGUCCCCUUCAGCAGCAGCGGGGCCUUAUUCGCGAUGCCAAUCGUGGGGACGUACUUCUGCAGCUUCCAGGCUUUGGCGAACAACGCCAGGAUGUUGUACGCCUUUGCCCGGGACGGCGGUGUGCCCCUGUCCCAGCUGGCGGCGCGAGUGCACCCCGGCAGCCGGGCCCCUGUGUGGGCGAAUGUGUACAUGGUGGCGGCGGCGGCGGCGCUGUCGAUACCCAUGUGCUUCAAUAGUGUCGUGUUCUCAGCGGUGACCUCAUUUGCCGUACUGGCCUGCUACGUGGCGUACCUGGUGCCCGUGGUCUUUAAACCCUUCACCCACCGCCUUACCUCAGAGGUGCGGCCCAGCCUGUCUUGUGCGAACAACGUGCUUACGGUUCUGUGGCUGUGCACCGUCCUGGUCCUCUUCGUGCUGCCGGCCACGUACCCGGUGUCGCUCCAGAACUGCAACUGGUCGGGCCCUAUGGUGCUGGGGGUGGUAGCGCUGCUGCUGCUCUGGUAUUACUUUCCGGUGUACGGCGCCAAGACCUGGUUUAAAGGGCCCAGGGCGAACCUAGGUCAGUUCCGGGACGUGCUACCCUCCGAAAUGACCACCAGCGGCGGCGAGGCGGCGGCGGCGCUGAGGUGCACCGCUGACAAACAGCCGCAGCGGCACCAACGGCUCGUGGAGGUGGCGGAAUUGGCGGAGGAGGAGGAGGAGGAGGAGGAGGCAGUGGAGGCGGCUGACGCGGUGGCGGCAGCAGCCGCCGUGGUCGCGGCAGUUGCGUCAGUCGGAGGUCUGGAUGUGCCCGCGGCGGCGGCGGCGGCGGCGGCAUCAGCGGCGGCGCACAGCGGCGGUUCCAGCGCGAACCAGGUUCCGCAGCUUCGCCGCGUGAGGAUCAACCGGGGUAGCGGUGAUAGAGCCCGCGGCAGCCGGCAGCGGCGGCGCGUUGGCGGCGGCGGCGGCGGCGGCGGCAGUGAUGGGUCUCCGGUUGCCCUCCUGCGGCAGUUGUUCCUAUAUGCUGGCGGCGGCGGCGGCGGGCUGUUAGCUGCGGCCGCUGAGGGGCCGCCGUCGCCACAGCCAUUUCGUGCCGGCAACACCGGCAUCGGCGCAAAAAUGUAUCAUCCUGAUACGGGGGCGCAGUUAUUCUUCAGUCGUCGGUCUAACCCUCUUGGGGGCGUUCGUGCUGUACGGGAUGGCCUCGACAGCGGUGGCGGAGUUGGCGGCCGCCAGCAUGUACGGCGUUUAUCCAUCGGCUCUCACAGCACCAUCGCCACCACGAUGGCACCGCCGCGUAGCCCCGGCUCGGAAUCGAUCCUGGGACCUCUCGGGUCUGAACACCAGGUUCACGUCGCAGCAUCCAUUGCGCUGGGCGGCUGUUGCGAUCGCAACCGCGUCAACUACCGUAACCAACAACCACUUGAAAGUGAACAGGACCUUGAACCAGCAAAGGAAGCCGAACGCAGUUCCGAGCCGCAGUCAUAUUUGCUGGCACUAGCACACCAGCAGCGGCGGCAGAGCGGAGUUGGAAUCGGUGGCGGCCACUGUUCUGGGUCCUGCGCUUUGGCCACCGCCGCCGACGUAAGGAUGCUGGCGGAACGCCGUGCUGCCGCCGCCGCCGCGGCCACGGCCGCUGCGGCCGCCGCCAUUGCUUCCUCAAGCGGCAAUGUGCAGUACGUCGCAGCGGAGUGCCUAUCACCCCGGCGGAGCUCCCCCCGCACACCCGGAGCUACGAGGAGCAUCAGAAUCAUGGCGCUGCUGCCGCUGCUGGCGGCCGGCGGCGGCAGCAGCAACGGCGGCGGCGCUGCCGCUGCCGCCAUGCCCGGUUUGGCCCAGCUUGGUGCGGCUAACUCAUCGCUGGCUUCCACUCAGGGCGGCGGCGGCGGCGGCGGCGACAGCUUCCCUUUUGAUCCCCUUUGA